AUGUCCAGGAACCUGCUCAUAUACUCGCUCGCACUAUCUUCGCUGGCUUCUGCACCUGGGUUAGCUCUUCGACACGGACAAAAUCAACUUCGAGAUUUAUUCGCAUAUCCUAAAUAUGAAAUUCAAUUUAUGAAUGAUCUACCCUUAUCUAAAUCUGAUGCUGAGCUCUACCAAUCAUCAUCAUCUUCUGGAUUGAUGGAUGAAUCGGAUUGGUUAGAUCCCAAAGGAUCUUCUAAGGGAGGGGGAGGGAAGAGGCUGAGUGACGGUAAUAAACAAAAUGAUAUUGAUCGUAAAACGUCACUUUCACUCGAACUGAUUCCAAUGAAUUUCGCUCAUCCAUCAGAACCUAAUGGAGCACCAUACCCAUAUCUCUGUUUAAUGCCAUCGCGAAAUACGACUUCAUCUCAAACUGCUCUAAUAGAUAGAUUGGAUCAAGUUGAAGAGGAAGAGGAGGAGAUAGAUCCUGUUCAAGGAUGGCAAGCUAUGAGUCAUUUAGAUGGGAAAUGUUUAUUCACUAAACAAGGAUGGUUUACUUAUUCAUACUGUCACAACUCUCAUAUCCGACAAUUUCACGCUACAGCUCCUCAACAUCCUCAUCCUCCAGGUGGUAUCAUUCCAGUGGAAGAUACGAAAUAUGAUGCUUACACUUUAGGUCAAGUGUCUCCUGGGGCUAGACAAAGGUUCGCUUCAGGUCAGUUUGAAAAACCAGGUGGAACUGGAACUGGAACUGGAGCAGGAGCAGGAGCAGGUAAAGUCAAAGCUGGUGAUAAAAGCUCAACGAAUCUUCAAAAAUCGUCCAAUUCGAAUCCUAACGCCAAUGCCAAUGUAAACUCCAAUUCAGCGUCAUCGUCAUCAUCACUUACAACAUCGUCUGGAAAAGGACAAGGACAAUCAUCUAGAUAUCUAGUUCAAAAAUGGUCUCAUGGUACAAGAUGUGAUAAAACAGGUAGACCAAGAGAAGUAGAAGUUCAAAUUCAUUGUUCGAUGACUACGACAGAUAUGAUCUACAUGAUUAAGGAAUUAUCAAUUUGUCGAUAUGUGGUUAUUAUUCAUUCACCUUAUUUAUGUGAUUUACCUGGAUUCAAAAGACAUGAAGAUUUAAAUGAAGUUAAAUCGGCUGGAAUAAAAUGUAGACAAGUCAUAGAUGAUCAAGAUUGGAUUGAAUGGGAGAAAGAACAACAUCAUCACAAUAAUCAACAAAGAAUCAAUCCUAAUGAUGUCAACGACAAUGCGGAUGGUAAUAGUGGAAUCUUGGAAUUACCUUUCAGUAAAAGACCUACCGGUGCUGAUAAUCCCAGUGAAGUAUAUACUAAAUUUGAUCAACCAAUUCAUCAUUUCGGUUUAAAAGGUCCUGAAAAGAUGUUUCCUGACCCUGACAACAUACCACAAAAGGAUGAAGAAGAAGAAGGAGAAGGAGAGAUGAAGAUUGUUUUUGAAGGUUCUGAUGUCGAAGAUGAAUCGCUAAGACAAAUCUUAAAACAAGCUUUGGAAAUGUUAGGUAAAUCAGCUAUAUCAAAGAAAUCAAAAUCAUCGAAUCAAAAGUCAGUGGACCAACCUGAUCAACAGGAAGGAGAAGAGGAGGAAGAGGAUGAUGACGAUCACGAUGAUGAACAAGGUGAACAAGUUAUUUUCUAUUCUUGGGAAGAGGGUGAUGAUGGUCCCAUACUUCUAGAUGCUGAUUUAGUGUUAAUGGAUGAAGAAGAUGGGGAAGAAAAAGAAAAAAGUAGAGUCGAAUUAGGCGGUAAGGAGAAAAACGUACUUGAAAAAGUCGUUAGAGAUUUUUUGGGUCAAAAAGGUAGAACACCUAAUAGGAACGACAUAGAUGAUGACGACCAACAAAAAUCGGAAGCUAAGAAAGUCAGGAAAAGGAAAGGUGAAUUAUAA